CUCGGUCUGCGCACGCGCGCAGGGCAGCGUUUGUCGCGCUCCGGCAGAAGACUCGACGCUGUCAAGGAAACGCGCACGCUGUGCGCAUCGUUCAGAGAUUUACAAACAACUGAACCUGCAUCGCGCACCGUUAUCCACAUCGGUCGUUGCAGAAAAUAGCAGUUAAGCGAUGCGUGCGAUGUAACGAUACAGAGGGAGGGCAAAAUACGGACCGAAAUCGUAGAGACGCCGCGCCAGCGCUUGAUAAAUACAGCAGUAGUCAGUCAUGCCGCUGGUGAAGAGGAGUAUCGAGCCCAAGCACCUGUGUCGAGGAGCUCUGCCUGAUGGAGUGCCCAGUGAACUGGAGUGUGUCACCAACAGCACCCUGGCAGCCAUCAUCAAACAACUGGGCAGCCUGAGUCGUCACGCAGAGGACAUCUUUGGAGAGCUGUUUAAUGAAGCCAACAGUUUCUAUAUGCGUAUGAAUAACCUGCAAGAGAGAGUGGACCUGCUGGCUAUCAAAGUCACCCAGCUGGACUCCACGGUGGAAGAGGUCUCUCUGCAAGAUAUCAACAUGAGGAAGGCCUUCAAGAGCUCCACCAUUCAGGACCAACAGGUGGUUUCCAGAAACUCCAUCCCUAAUCCUGUGCUGGAGCUCUACCACCGUGGAGACAAACCUCCCCCUCUUAAUAUUCUCAGCCCUUACAGAGAUGAUAAGAAGGAUGCGCUGAAGUUCUACACAGACCCCUCCUACUUCUUUAACCUCUGGAGGGAGAAAAUGCUGCAAGCCACAGAGGACAAGAGAAAAGAAAAGAGGAGACAGAAGACCAGCGGCUCAUGCCAGACUCAAACAGACCAGACUAAGUCCCACUCCAGGCAGGCUCACCUCAGAAGCCCCCACCUAUCCUCCGAGCAGCAGAAGCAGGUGGAGGACCCCAGUCGUGAGGUGAAAAAGGUUCGUAAGGCUCGGAAUCGUAGGCAGGAGUGGAACGUAAUGGCGUAUGAUAAGGAGUUCCGCCCAGAUGCCCGCUUCACGCCUUCUCCGUACCACGGCAUGUCCUCUGAGGGCUCACUUUCCCCAGACAACAGGUCGGUUGCCUCAGACAUGGGUGAGCACUCUUACCCAGGCAGCCCCAGUCACCCGGCUCAGCAGAUGGCCGUGACCAGCGCCUACUCGGCUGCCGAUGGCAAAGAGCACCUCAUGGCCCCCUCUCAUGUCCAGACCCAGUCCCUGGACCGCGGGUAUCGGCCGGCCGCUUCCUCUUCCGCUCCACCUGGGAGACAGACCAUUGGCAGGGUUCAGACCCAUGGACAAGCGGUCACAGACCCCGCUCUCAACGGGCCACGUCCCCUGCAGGCUAAAGACUACAGUGGUCAGCAGUCUCAGCACCGAGAGUAUUUCGUACCUCCUGCUCCUCCUCCACCUCCUCCUCUCAUUCCCUCUGCCCAGACUGCCUUUGACAGUCCCACUGGCCCUUCCUCUGCCCCGGCCAGCACCAUGCCAUCUCUUUCCCAGACUUACAACCCUUCUCCUCCGACCCCUGCCCUCCCUGCUUCCUACACCCCUUCCCCAACCCAUCCUCCUCCCGCAGCCCCCCCUCCACCUCCACCCGGGCCACCCACACACCCCCACCCGCACCCUCACUCACACGCCAUGCCCCCUGCCCCUGCGGAAGCUCCGGUUGUCCCGAGAAAGGGCCAGGUACCUCUCAUCCCAAUGAGCGAUGCACGCAGCGACCUGCUGGCGGCCAUCAGACGAGGGAUCCAGCUGCGUAAGGUGCAAGAACAGCGGGAGCAGGAAGCAAAGAAGGAGCCUGUCGGAAAUGACGUGGCCACUAUAUUAUCCCGUCGCAUAGCCGUGGAGUACAGCGAAUCUGACGAAGACUCUGAGCUGGACGAAAACGAGUGGUCAGACUGAGACAGGAAAACAAUAGAAGAAUAAAAAAACACGAAGUAAGCGAUAGAGCGUAGGUUUCAGAGAACAGAAUUAUCACAACUAAUGUAGCAUGCCGAUGUCUGUCUGCACUAAUACAACACAGCUCCUGUGUUUAAAAAAAAAAACAAAAAGAGAAAAAAAGGGCUGCGUAUCUACAAAGUCUCAAAGAGACGUACCAGAAACUUUUGAAUUUUAGAUUGUACAUCUUAAAUUGAAGUAUUGGCAGUGAAGUUUAAUGAGAGUUUUGACUCCGUAGAACAGUGUCCGUUCGAGAUCAGCUCCUCUGUGCAGCGGGCUCGAGUCCACUGCCUGACACCAUUCAUCACAUACUCUGAAUGUGGUGGUCCCACCAUCUGUCCUCUCCCCUGCACUCUUUCUCUCUCGCUAACCUUAGAAUAUGACCUCAUAAUUACCAGAACAGCCAGCUGGAUGAUCAUGCAACGUUCAUUUUAGUCCUGCUCGCCCAGGACUACAACUUCAAGGACAGAGAAUAUAGAAGUAAAUGUAUUUAAAGCUAAUAUACUAAGCGUUUACGUAAAGACAGUAGUUUCAAGCCCGAAGAAACGGCUGCGUUUUAACCUCUUGAAUGCAUGUUGACCAAGUAUCGAGCACAUAGCAAAACAGCUGAUAUUACCAUAGCAAGUCUAAAAAGCGAUACUCUUGAGCUGUUUGCUCCGAUAGAGCACAACCACACAAUAGAUGUUUAGUUCGAUUUUUAUUUGUUGAUAAAGACAUUCAUGUUUGCAUUCCAAAUAUCCCAACUAAUUGAAUAGCAUGGACAGACGAUCUGAUUCGGAAAACUGUAUCAAGGGUGUGUAAGAUGUACUCAAAUUCUGUCGGGAAUAUAACCCAUUUUCUGUAUCUAAACAUGCUGAGAGGCUCGGUGGUGAUGCUUUACGUAUGUCAUUGGUGAUGCUGUUUCCCCAGAUGUUACUAGUUUAAAUGAUUUAACCCAUUUUGAUGGAUUACAAUGAUUUAUCAUUUGCUUUCUUGGCUUCAAGUAGACAUCGACUUGUGGUGCGACUACAAAAGACAACCGGGCUCUUAUUCAUCUGUAGCCUCACAAAACACAACAUUUUAAUGUUUUGAGGUACAAGUGGUGCUGUGUUAGUAAUUAUGGAUUGUAUCUUUAAUUGUGGAAUCAGUUUCUUUAUGUUGUUUUUUUUUUAUUUAUUUUUUUCCUCCUGGUCUCUUCAGGGAUGGGGAAAAAAAAGUCCUAGUUUUCUGUGUCUUUUCAAAUGGAUACAGUGCGUGGCCAUCGGUCUCCUAAAGGAUCAAACUGUUGGCUUGUCAGUCAUCUCGCUAGAACCACAGUAGAUGUCGCUGCAUUGUUACCAAGGCAACGAGCACAGCAUAAUUAAGCAGGCAACAAUGAAGACAGCUGUGCUCUUACCUGUUUGACCUGGUAAUGUGUGCCCAUAAACAUAAAUAUAAAAUAACAAUGUGCUUCGUAAGAACAGCUGGUUUGAAGUUUAGUUUUGAUUGCUAGUAUUUUAAUUUUGAAUCAUCUUGCCCUCGGAGGCAUUUGAAAUGCUAUAUAUGCUCAUUUGUACAGAAUAAGAGCACUUCAGUAUUUCAGCCUUUAUUUUCUAUUUAUUUGCUUAAAUGUGUCUGUCACUCACUGCACAAAUAGAGAGGCUUUAACUGUAACCUCUCCCAAGGUAACAGCUACGAUGAGCUGUGUGUUUAGCCUGUGUUUUGUAUGUAAAGAAUGAAGUCCUUUGUGUUUUAAACAAUGUGAUGUAUAGAACUUUGUUAAAAUGGCAGAACUUUGAUUUAUAUAGUUAAAAAAAAACAGUAUGAAAAUUAAUGUAUCAAAAAAACAAACAAUAUUACGUAGGCAAGUGCUGCAUGCAUGUAUGGACUGCCAUUAAAGUGCUUCUUAAAACA